AAUAAAAUUAAAUAUUACUGGUAGAGAUUGUCAAAUUUUCUUCAUAGAUUAUUAUGAUAUGGUUGAUAUUCGUUAAAGAUUAUUUUUAAAUAAUUUUAAAAAUUGGUGUUUGUUGUCGAGGUUCCAAUGAUAAGAUGGGUUGGUUCUUGUUCUUUGUGAGUGAUACACACACAAAAAAGUAGAGAAUAAUUUUGUUUAUUAUAAUUGCAAUAAUUGAUCGUCUCUUGGGAUUGGGUGUCUUCACCUCUUUUUGUCUUCGACUAUUACGAAGUUCUUCUCUUUUCUUGUGUUCCCUGAUUCAGAGCCACAUCCACAAUCUCUCUCAGGGAAUCUCAUUUUCAGACAAGUGAUCAGUUGGAUGAGAUAAGACUCGCUGUAAUAAAAUACAUUUUGUAAUAAAAUACAUGGCGGUUUAUUACCCAACUAGUGUCGGCAUGCAACCUCUGUACCAAGAAUCCAUCUACCUCAACGAACAACAACAACAGCAACAAGCUUCUUCUUCCUCCGCCGCAUCUUUCUCCGGCGGAGGAGGCGGUCUCGAUAUCCCUAACUCCGAUGGUGGUGUACGACACGAGAUGGUAUUUAUCCCACCAACAAACGACGUCGUCGUCACAGGACUCAAUGAAAGUUCAAGCAACGAUCUAAGCUUUCAAGGAGGAGGACUUUCACUGAGCCUCGGUAACCAGAUCCAAUACCAUUACCAGAAUCUCUCGAACCAAUUGAAUUACAGUAACGAUGAGAAUGGGAAGAGCCUGAGCCAUCACCAUCAUCAACAUCAAGCUGAGCAGCUUCCUUCCACUGGUUACAGCAAUGGAGUUGGAUACUACAACAACUACCGUUACGAGACAUCAGGGUUUGUGAGCAGCGUUCUAAGGUCUCGUUACCUUAAACCAACACAACAGUUGCUAGAUGAAGUCGUUAGUGUCAGGAAAGAUAUGAAACUGGGUGAGAGUAACAAGAAGACCAAGAACAACAACAAUGACAAGGGUCAAGACUUUACUAAUGGGCCUAAUAAUAACAACACAGAGAACGAGAAAUUCCCAGAGGAGUUAUCGCCUCAAGAACGUCAAGAACUUCAGAGCAAGAAGAACAAGCUCUUAACAAUGGCUGAUGAGGUAGAUAAGAGGUACAACCAAUACUACCAUCAAAUGGAGGCUGUAGCUUCGUCUUUCGAGAUGGUAGCUGGUCAUGGAGCAGCCAAGCCUUACACAUCAGUGGCUCUGAACAGAAUCUCUCGCCAUUUCCGCUGCUUGCGGGACGCCAUAAAGGAGCAGAUACAGGUGAUAAGAGGGAAGCUUGGGGAGAAAGAAACGUCUGAAGAACAAGGAGAGAGGAUACCACGUCUUAGGUAUUUAGAUCAGAGGUUGAGACAACAGAGAGCUUUGCAUCAACAGCUUGGAAUGGUUAGACCAUCUUGGAGACCACAAAGAGGCUUACCCGAAAACUCUGUCUCUAUACUCCGCGCUUGGCUCUUUGAGCAUUUCCUUCAUCCAUAUCCUAAGGAGUCAGAGAAAAUCAUGCUUGCUAAGCAGACAGGACUAUCAAAAAACCAGGUUGCGAACUGGUUUAUUAACGCGAGAGUUCGGCUAUGGAAACCGAUGAUCGAAGAGAUGUAUAAAGAAGAGUUUGGAGAUGCAUCAGAGUUACUCUCUAACUCUAACCGAGACAAGAACAAAAUGCAGGAAACAUCCCAGCUUAAACACGAAGACUCUUAUUCUUCUCAACAACAUCAUCAAGGAAACAACAACAACAACAUUGCAUAUACGUCUGCUGUUGAAGAAAACCUUGUCUUCACAGAUCCAAAACCAGACCGUGUUACUACUACUGGAGACUACGACAGCUUGAUGAACUAUCAAGGGUUUGGUGUCGAUGAUUACAACCGCUACAUUGGCCUUGGAAACCAACAAGAUGGCAGAUUCUCUAAUCCCCAUCAGUUACACGACUUUGUUGUCUAAAAAGGUUUUAUGCCAGUGAUUGGAUUGGAUGGAGUAUGAUUCUUGAAGCGCAAGAAAAGAGCUUCUUGCAUUUUUAUACAUAGGAGAUAUAUAUAUAUACAGCACCAUAUAAAUCUGUAAUAUUCAUGGUUGCAUAUAUUUGUGAAAACUGUAGGUGUUAGUCCUUUACAUGUGUAUAUGAAAUUGGGCCGUCUAUACACAUUGGUAAGCAAUUAUUGUAAUGUUUUGUGUAUAAUCUUCAUGGUGGUAGGUAUAAUAAACAUAUAUACUUUUCAAGAGUGAAAA